GGGCAUGGCUGGUGGUGGGAUCUGCGGAGACAGUGUAGGAUGAGAGAUCGAAUGGUAUGGAGAGCAAUCGGAGACAGCGCCGGCCUCGCGAGCGUAAGAGCAGGUCGUGAUGGUUUGCUUCGGCGAGCAUAAGUCUGGUCGUGGCCAGCAGGCGACACUGGAGGGGGCCUUGACGUCGCAAGGCGCGGUGAUUGUGAGGCAGCUAGUUAGGCCUUUGCACUCCUAGUCGAGCCUACGCGCCAAAGCUGGGAAUGCGGGAGUGCAUCGAAGAGAGGGUGUGGGGGGGGUUGACUUUGUGCGAGGCUGAGAGCUUUGCACUAGGUACGACCUUGGCCCCCUCCUUCGGGCUAUAUACAAUAGUUCCUUCAUGAACUAAGUAGAUGAAAACAAAACAGAUGCAGGCACUGCUUUAUAUCGCGACUGCCCCCCAACAUAUGCCUCUACAUUUUCCAUCUAAUACGGCUGGCCAAGAUGAAGAAUCCGGCCGCUCAGGUUCUACGAUUUCCAAUAGUGUAGCAGAGAGCCACAGCAAGUGCUAUGCAAGUGAACACAAGCAUAUAAAGAGCGUGUACCCUGCAUGCUGCUCGAAAACUUUGUUCCGCAGCCUGCAACUGAUCGGGACCUCGAAGAAGCCCGCGCCAAGCAGCCCCGAGCGUUUGCGUUUCGAAGUCGAUCCAUUGCUUGCGGCAACACCACAACCUCACCUCACGCCGACAGCAAUUCCAGCCACCCCACCACUCCGCUCUCCCCAGAUCUCCUUUGAAAUGGCAGGCAUAUCAUCCGGCCUCUACAAUGCGUUCUUCCGCAGGAACACGGCGAUGCUAGGGGCGGUGUUCUUCUCAGCGUUCGUCAUUGAGAUUGGGUUCGACACCGGUUCCACCAAGGUGUGGGAUGCCUUGAACAGAGGACGCCAAUGGAAGGACAUCAAGCAAAAGUACAUGGAGGCUGCCGAGGAGGAGGAGUAAGAAUGCCACCGCCGACACUGGACGGCAUCAUACCCUUGCGGUAUUGAAAAGGACAUAGUAGUGCCAAUGGGUGGAUUUUCACAGGGAGCGGAGGAUGGUUCGCAGCUGGCAUUGUUGUAUAUUGGUGUAUACACUAGGGCUUCAACGAUUGCUCAACCUAAACCGAGCUUUGCGGACUCGCGGAAUGAACUUGCACUGAACCCGA